AUGACCAGAAAAGUCACCAUCUACUGCGCUGUGGUGCUCCUGCUUCUCUGCCAAGUCGGGGCGAAGCCUAUGUCCAGUUUACAGACUCUAAUGCAUCUUUUAGAAGAAGAAAAUAUCAAUAACAACCUCUAUGUGGGCUCAGAUGAGACGCUCCUACGGGAGCUGGACGAAACAACCGCCGAAUCUGAAUCCUUCAACACGGGUUCCGAACUACCUUGGGGCCGCAUCUCCAGGGGCCUGGACUCGCAGUCCUCCAAAGAGAUCAAAAUGACGAGGCUCCUGAACGAUAUCCUGACCUCUUCGAAGCGGUCCACAGGAAGGUUGAAAAAGAAAGGAUCGAGAAGCUGCUUCGGGGUCAGACUGAACCUGAUCGGCUCAAUGAAUGGACUGGGAUGUUAA